CGCCGUUCGACCGUCAAAGAUUAUUCUUCCGCUCCGUUUUAUUUAAACCGUACGACUUCUUCGAGGCGUUACGCAGAACGAGAAGAGACCCUUCCCGGAACCCCCAAAUCGGAAUCAAUGGCGAGCGGCGUUGCUGGCAUCGGCGAGAAGGUCUCGUUCAAAGUCACUCUGACGUCUGAUCCGGAUCUUCCAUUCAAAAUUUUUAGCGUUCCGGAGGCAGCCCCGUUCACCGCGGUUAUUAAAUUCGCCGCGGAAGAGUUCAAAGUCCCUCCUCAAACCAGCGCUAUCAUCACCAAAGAUGGAGUAGGAAUUAGUCCUCAGCAAAGUGCCGGCAAUGUGUAUCUUAAACAUGGCUCAGAGCUGCGCCUGAUUCCUCGCGAUAGAGUUGGUGCUCUGGAAACGGCUCUGUAAAAGCUAUAUUACUGUCUGAAGAGAAUAUUUGACCUGCUGUUCUUAAAUUAUAUACAUUGACAUCCUAUCUCUCAGGCAAUUUACCGAUAUAGAGGUGCAUGAAACUAAAGUAAUAAUGGUUGUGAUAGAUGCAUUUUAUUUCUCUAGAUUAUGAGCAGUUGAUAUUUAUAGUACUAUGCUGCUGCUGUGUUGUGCAAAGUGUAGUUAUAUGGCAGGAUGCAGUAUUUUUGCCCUUCCUGCACGGUUUAGGGGGAAACCAACGGUUUCUAGUUUAGCAAAGUGAUUAUUGAUCCUGUGACCAAAUCAUUGGCUAGAGUUCUUCUUUAUGGAUGAAGGAAUAUAGAAUGAUUUUAUUUGGUGUUUA